AUGCCAGUUGAAGACCCACGAGUACGACUACGGCGUGCUGCCUGUGAAGGGAAUCUUCAUCUUGUUAAACGGUUAAUUGCAAAGACUAAUAUGCAAAACCCAGACCCAGUGAAUGGCUGGACUACUUUGAUGUAUGCUACUCGUUACGGUCAUGAUCGCGUUGUGGAAUAUCUUCUUAAUAACGGACACGAAGAGAUUGAGCUCUCUAGAGAUUUUGAUAAUAAUACGAUAUUGAUGGUUGCCUCACAAUAUAAUUUCAUAGAAAUAAUGAAAAUGUAUAUAACGGUUUUUCCGAAUAGUGUUAAUAUGGUCAAUAAACAAGGACAAACAGCAUUAAUUUAUGCAUCAAAAUACGGCAACCUUGAUCCUAUCAAACUCUUACUUGAAAACGGGGCUGACAUUAAUCAAACUGAUUUUGAAGGGAAUACAGCAUUGCAUUAUGCAGCAGCUUGGGAACGAUUCGAUGCUGUUACCAUAUUAAUUGAACGUGGAUGCCAAUUUGCUGUUAAAAACAAUUCUGGGUGGACAGCACUGGAUUAUUCAUAUUCAAUGAAUUUAAAAUCACAUUUGCAAGAUUGUGCACUACUACAUCAUGAAGAGAGUAAAAUUAACAGACGGCGUAAUCUUAAAAUUACAGUAGAUUCGUUGAUAUCGAUUGAUUCGAUGCCAACUGUCAUUCGUUCUGCUACAUUACCACCAGGAAGACCAAGUGGUGAAUCAUUUGAUAGUAUGCCUGGUGAGUCUUAUUCUUCAGAAAAUUUGUCACCGAAUAUUAUUAAUCCGGUCAAGCGCAAAGAAUCUUUACCAUGGUGA